AUGGAGAGAGAAAAUGGUUGUAGAAGCGUGUUAGGCGGUCGUGCGGUGAUAGACACGAGACCACCGUUUGGAUCGGUGAAAGAAGCGGUGGCUUUGUUCGGAGAGAAAGUUUUAGCCGGAGAGAUCUAUGCAACUAGGCUUAGAGAGAUACGGACAAAGGAAACAAAUUCAACUUCGAGUCAUCAAUCGAGAUUACGAUCCCUAACACUUGAGCUCGAGCAGACAAAACAAACACUUACAAGAACCUUACAACUAAACACCAUCCUCUCCAACAGAAUCAAAACCCUAACACAUGAACUCGAACAUGGGAGUAAAGAGAUCCAACGACUCAAUACAAUGAGGUCGAGCCGACUAGACAACCCGGAGGUCGAGGAACUCAAGUUCGUGGAACAACAUCAAACGACGACUUCCAAAGAUGUUGAAGAAGAGGUUGUAACAACGGAGGAGCUGGAGAAGAGGAGACUCGUGACGUUUGCGAGCUCGCCUUUGCUGACACGUGUGAUGUCAAGUGUCGAAGUCGAGGAGGAGAAGAAGACGAAAAAAGAGAAGGUUUUAGAGAGAGUUUUUUCGAUUAAGAAGACGAAAUUAAAGAGGAGGUUUUCUCCUUUCAUGGGAUGGUUUAGAGUAACCACUCGAGGAGAUUGAUCAGUCUUCAAUAUUGCAUGGUUAUUGGUUAUAUGACCUUGUAUUGUUAUAUAAUAUAGU